UUGGUGUUUUGACCAGGCUUUUCCAAGAGAAAAAAUAUACCCAGGAAAAGUAAAAUAACGUCCCACGUGGGGACUCGUUUAAUUACAAGUUACGUUGUUUAGAUAUGCAUUUAUUCGUUUAAUUUUUAUUGCAGAACAAUGGUACAAGCAAUUGAUGAAAUGGAACAAAGGGAUCUCCCACAGGCUUUUCGCCUGCUUGGGGAAAUGAAUGCUAAUGUCCUACAAGUAAACCAACUUGUAGAUAAUAUGUUGGUUCGUGUAAAAAAUGGAGAAAUUUCUACGGAUAAGGGUCUUAGUUUCUUAGAAAUGAAAUAUCAUAUGUUACUUUCAUAUCUUAUUAAUUUAACUUACGUAGUUUUAAGAAAAUGUUCAGGUGAACGUAUUGAAGGUGACCCCUCUAUCGAUCGCCUUAUUGAAAUCAGGACAGUCCUAGAAAAAAUCCGACCAAUAGAUCACAAGCUAAAAUAUCAGAUAGAUAAACUUGUUAAGACUGCAGUAACUGGUACCACUAACAGUAAUGAUCCCACUAACUUUAAAGCAAAUCCUGAUGCAAUAAUUGCAAAAAUUGAUAGUUUUGAUGAAGAGUCGGAUAGUGAUCAAGACGGUGAUGAAGAUGGUUUUAAAUCAUCUCAAAGCAGGAAAUCAAAUAUCUAUGUGCCACCAAAACUUGCUGCUGUUCACUAUGAUGGAGAUGAAACAGCAGCAGAAAAGAUGCGUAAAGCUGGUGAAAGAGCCCGUAGACGUGCAGUCUCAGGUGCAGUGUUAAGGGAAUUGAAAGAAGAAUACCUAGAUGCACCAAUAGAGGAUGCACAAGGCUUAAUUGAAAAACAAGCUAGUUUGGGGCGUGAGAACAAACGAAAGAUCGAAUACGAAGAGAACUACAUGACACGUUUACCUGUUACAAAACAAGAAAAACAUAGACGCCGUCAGAUAACAACUCUUGGUACUCUUGGUGAUGAAAUUACUAGUUUUGGAGAGACUUCAUCUGUACCAACUAAAACAAGAAAAACUCAGAAAAAGGGAAAAGCUAAAAGAAGUUUUAAGAAAAAACGGCACCACUAAAUCAGCUUUAUAGUAACUUAUAGAGCAGAGUUUCAUACAGCAUUAAUUAUUAAGGUAA